GACACGAUAACGAUUCAAAAUCCGCCUAUGGACCAACUGGAGAGUUCCAUCCAACUCACCGUCGUGCAACAGCCCAGGGAAGCUCUGGUAACCCAGCUAGGUAAAGAAAAGAUGCGCAAACCGAUCGAUCCCCCGCCAGUAGUACAAAUGGUUCUUCCGACGGACAAGGAUCCUCAACAGAUCUACACUCAUAGCCCCUACCUUUAUUGCCUGGCAACCUUGGUCGAAGAGCAUUCACUCAACCCAGUCACGGAUAGCAAAGGGGUGACUGUCUUACUGGGGACCAUCGUUUCAUCUAUAAAUCGCCUCAAAGACAACAGAGACAACGAGAGUGCAUUCUUCGUUUUUGCAGACAUGUCUGUCAGGAAACAAGGAAGAUUUCGUCUGCUAUUCAGCGUUUUUGAGACAAAGCCACACGAAGGCACCACCAUCUUCGUCAAGAACGUCGUUUCCAAUACAUUCAAGGUCGUUGCGAGCAAAGAUUACUCCGGCCUUGAAGAAUCGACGGCCAUGUCUCGCACAUUUGCAGACCAGGGUGUCAAGCUGAGGCUCCGAAAGGAGACCAGAGGAUCAACUUCACGCAAGAGAGAGCGUGACGAUGGCGACGACGAGAAGCCCCGCCGAGCACGGCAAGAGACGAAACGCGCCAGGUCUGACGAGAGGAGGGACGACAACAUCUACGCAAGCAAUACGUGGACCUCGCCACAACAGCCUGCUACACAACAGUAUCACAACACAUUGGAUUCAAUCCAGUGCACCGUCCCACAAACGGUGACGGCAUACGAGAAUCCGAACAAUUACCCCCUGGUAGCGCGACAAACAAACACAGAUAUUGGAGACUGCCAGCAAGCCAUACUGCAACGACAGAUGUGGCGUUACUAUUGACAGGUGUCAAUCAAGCAGUGCUGAGCGAUUUGUAUCCAUUAAGUAGGUAGAGCUGGUGCCGCCUAUUGGUGUUAUUAUUCUCCUGUAUGGUAUUAUAGUGGGCGUAAGCCCUUUUUUCG